AUGGCAGGCGAAGAAUCUUCGCAGUCGACCGACGUCCCGGCGUGGAAAAAACUGGGUCUCAAGCUCAAGUACGCCAAGGACCCUCUGGAAGAACAAGAAGACACAGGGAAGAAAGCCAGCUCGAAAUUGAAGAAGUCGAAAGGCGACGACAAGUCCGACAGCAAGAAGGAGCGCAAGAGCAAGAAGAGACGUCGUGACGAGGACGAGGCGGCCGCCGAUGGCGCCGACGCCAAGGACGCCGACAAGGAGAACGAACACGCAGACAAGGGCGAGGAUGCCGAGACGCCCAUGAAAAAGAAGACGAAGACGAAGACGAAGAAGCGGGUGUCGUUUUCGGCCAGCGCGAAGGAUCACGACGGCUCGGGCAGCGAUGUCGAGAUGACGGCCGACGGGGACGAGACAAAACCGGCGCCCGAGGGUGAGGUGAAUGACGGCGACGAGGGCGACGAUGAGGGCGAAAAGAAGAAAAAGAAGAAGGAGAAAAAGAAGGACAAGAAGAAGGCAAAGACAGGCAACGCGACGACGACCGCCGACGCUAACAGUACGCCGGAGAAUCACGAGCCGCCCAUUCUGUCCUACCUCAACCUAUACUACAAGAACCGGCCGGCGUGGAAGUUCCAGAAGAACCGGGAGACGCAGCUGUUCAAGCAUGUUCUGUCCGCGGAGCACGUCCCCGUCGAGUACAACGCUGCGCUCCUGGUGUAUCUCCAGGGCCUGAAGGGCGACGCGGCCAAGCAGCGGCUGCGGCAGGUUGCGGAGGAAGUGGUGAAGGCGGACGUGGAGGAAACGCCGGCGUACCACAACGCCGUCCACGGCUUCCGGGGAGCUUUACACCAGGACAAGAAGGAGGAAUUGGACCGCGUCAACACUCCGGAGGAGUGCGACGAAGAGACGGUGAAGAAGCUCUUGAAGAGACAGCGAGCUGAGCUGAUCUUGUUCGCUGUCAAUGGGUCGCUUUCCAGCUAUCAGAAGCCGAAACAGGCUAAGGCAGCGAACCAGCCGGCCAAGAAAAAGAAGAAGACCCGCACCGCUAUCGUUGAGAUCUCGAGCAGCAGUGAGAGUGACAGUGACAGCGACAGCGACAGCGGUAGCAAAAAGACUACCAAAAAGGCGCAGUCUGGUUCGAGAAGCGCAUACGAUAGACACAUCACGAUCUUCUCGGACCAGGGACGUCUGUACCAAGUUGAGUAUGCGUUCAAGGCCAUCACUUCCGCCAACAUCACCUCGCUUGGUGUCAGAGGAAAGAACUGCGCUGUCGUGAUCACCCAGAAGAAAGUUGCCGACAAACUUAUCGACCCAUCCUCCGUUUCACAUGUCUUCAGACUCUCGCCCUCCGUCGGCUGCGUCAUGACUGGAUCCAUAGCCGAUGCCAGAGCAAGUGUCGACCGUGCCCGCGGAGAGGCGGCUGAGUUCCGCUACAAGUUCGGAUACGAGAUGCCCUGCGAUGUUCUCGCCAAGCGACUUGCCAACAUCAACCAGGUUUACACACAGAGGGCUUACAUGCGCCCACUAGGAGUUGCCAUGACCCUGAUCUCGGUCGAUUCGGAGAAGGGCCCGCAGCUCUAUAAGUGCGAUCCUGCGGGAUACUACGUCGGAUACAAGGCUACCGCAUCUGGUCCGAAACAGCAGGAGGCUCUCAACUAUCUGGAGAAGAAGCUGAAAAACAAGGAUUACGCCGAUGGCAACUGGGAGGAGGUGGUCGAAUUGGGAAUCACGGCCUUGAGCAACGUCCUGAGUGUGGAUUUCAAGAAGCACGAAUUGGAAGUCGGUAUCGUCGGGGGACCCCGGACGGAUGGCAAGGAGGGAACAGAUCUGGGGUUCCGUGCUCUGACAGAAGAUGAGAUUGACGAGCGGCUGCAGGCGAUCGCCGAAAAGGACUGA